CUCUACCUCGGUAUCGCGGUUCGAAUCGGUGCCAAUGGAACUCUCGACAUUGGCAUAGCCUUACACGACGGCACAUACUCAAUCGAUUUCGAAGUGACCACAUUCAAAUUGAAGAGCUCCUCCUCUACAUCCAGCUCCGCCAUAUCUGGCACUUCUAAAGAACUGCCUGGCGAGUUGGCCAAUUAUGUCAUUGGAAAGUUGGAAAAGUUACAGAAGGAGCACUUGUACAAAUUCGUAGGCGCUGGCGUGAACAAGAAGGCGCUUGAACUCAACCCAACAUUUGCGGCCCUCUUGUGGAAGGAAUUGGACAUUGUCCCGCUCGUCCUUCCGAACCAGCCUUCACCAGACCUACUUUCUCAGCAUGGUCGUCAUGAUGUUACUGUUGACGAAGAGGCGGACUCUAUGGCGAGGAAGGCAUUAGUAGAAUUUGGACCGGCGAACCAACCGCGGCUGCUCGUCGGAACGCGAAAAAACAUGGUGGAGGUCGACAGUGAUGGACGCACUCAAAUCAGUGUCAUAGACGACUACAUGGACACCGUCAACAAGGAGACGACAUGGAAGGCAACGCUCAAGUAUGCCGAGUCCCUAAAGGAGAGGAAAGUCAAAGUCGCCUUCUUUAACAGCACGCCUCAAGGUGGAGGUGUGGCACUGAUGCGACAUGCCCUGAUCCGUUUUCUCCGAAUUCUCGGGGUGGACUGUGAAUGGUAUGUCCCGAAGCCCAAGCCAGAAGUCUUCAUUCACACCAAGAACAACCACAAUGUCCUCCAACACGUCGAGGGAGCAGGCCCCCCUCUCACACGCGAGGAGGCCCAAUUGCUCGACGACUGGGCCCUUCACAACGCCGAAAGGUUUUGGAUCAUCGACAAGGGCCCUCUCGCACCCCGCGACAAUGGCGGUGCGGACGUAAUCAUCAUCGACGACCCGCAAAUGCCAUCCCUCGUCAAAAUCGCAAAAGAGAAGGACCCCGAGCGCCCCGUCAUCUUUCGUUCCCACAUCCAAGUCCGCGCCGAUCUUGCCGACAUCCCCGGCACCCCCGCCCACCAAGUGUGGUCCUGGAUCUGGAACAAUAUCCAAGCCGCAGACCUCUUCAUUAGCCACCCGGUCCGCGAAUUCGUGCCUAAGACAGUCGCUCCCGCGAAGGUAGGUUACAUGCCUGCCACCACCGACUGGCUCGACGGCCUGAACAAGAAUCUCAGCGACUGGGACCAGCAGUACUACAUGCUCGAGUUCGCGACAGCAUGUUUCCGCGAGCAGAUGACAACACUGGCAUGGCCAGACCGCCAAUUCAUCGUGCAAAUCGCGCGCUUCGACCCCGCAAAGGGCAUCCCAGAUGUCCUUGCAGCCUACGCUGAGCUUCGGCGCAACCGCAUGGCCAACUUCGACACAGAGCACAUACCCCAGCUCGUCGUCGCGGGCCACGGCGCCAUCGACGAUACCGACACCCAGCGCAUCUACGACGCGACCAUCCUCGAACUGCACACAAAGUACAAGGACAUCAAGUCCGACGUCGUCGUCAUGCGCGUCGGCCCCACCGACCAGAUCCUCAACACCCUCAUGUCCACCGCGCACGUCGCGCUGCAGCUCUCCACGCGCGAGGGCUUCGAAGUCAAAGUCUCGGAGGCUCUGCACAAAGGCGUCCCCGUCAUCGCGACUCGCGUUGGUGGUAUUCCGCUGCAGGUCCAGCACGGGAAAUCUGGAUACCUCGUUGAGCCUGGCGACUUCAAGGCCGUUGCGCAGCACCUGUAUGACCUCUUCACUGACGAGGUGCUGCAUGAUAGGAUGAGCCGCUACGCGGCGACGCACGUCAGCGACGAAGUCGGCACCGUGGGGAACGCGCUGAGCUGGCUGUACCUUGCGGAUACGCUGUCGCGGGGGAAGAAGCUAGAGCCGAGUAGCAGGUGGAUCAACGACAUGGCGAGAGAGAAUCUGGGGAUUAGGUAUCAGAACGGGGAGACGCGGUUGCCGCGGAGCGAGAAUCUGGAUUUGAUGGGGGAUGAGACUAGGGGUUGACAGAAGAGGAAGAGGUGGAAAGACGGGAAGUCUAUUUCGGGUUGUUCGUGUCUGGCAAGCUGAGCGAUCGUUUGGUCAUUAUGUCAUUGUCGGUUGCAAGAUACGGCGCGGAAAGGUGGCAACCCUGACGCAGUGGAUGAUGCAUCGAUAGAAUGUUUCCUAGCCAAUGAGUCGAUGACGGUGGGCCGGUUAUCUGACAUCUGGGCGGAAUCAUGCCACUAUAUUGUGCUGAUAUUGCACUCCUUGAUUAUAUUAGCAUCGUGGUCUCCGUCAAACGUGCCAUAGUCGUAGGUCGCUCGCUCCAGGG